ACGAAAGCGAAAGGCUCCUGAAGCGUCAAGGACAGUCUCUGUUGAUAUUACGCUGCCAUGGCGCUUCCUCUGCGACAGAUCAAGCCCAAGAACGCUCGGACGAAGCGGUAUCUCGACAACAAGGGACCCCAAGCGGUCGAGAACCCACGAACCACACUCUUCCUCAAAUACACCUCCUGCUCCGAAGUCCUCAGUCUCGUCUUGAAGGAUCUGUAUGCGCUCAAACGACCGCUCGCCAUCAAGUUCAGCGGCAAAAACAACACCCACCCCUUUGAGGACCCGACAAGCUUCGAGUUCCUCAGCGACAAGAACGAUGCCAGUCUCAUCGCCUUCGCGAGCCACAGCAAAAAGCGGCCGCAUUGCCUCACACUAGCCCGGACGUUCGAGUACAAAGUGCUGGACAUGCUGGAGUUACUCGUUGAACCGGACACGAUGCGAACACUAGACCAGUUCAAGAACGACAAGCCCGGCGUGGGCUUGAAACCCCUUAUUACUUUCUCCGGUUCCGCCUUCGACAGCCCAAGCGCGAACGCGUACACCCUCGCGGCGAGCCUUUUGUUAGACCUCUUCAAGGGACCUGACGUCAAAGAGAUUGAAGUAGAAGGCCUGCAGUACAUGAUCCACUUCUCCGUCGCAGAGGAAACAGACACCCAGCCGAAACCGCCCAUUCACAUGCGCACCUACCUCCUCAAGACCAAGCGGGCACCCAACUCCACCCUACCCAAAGUCGAGGUAGAAGAGAUGGGUCCUAGGAUCGAUUUCAGAGUGGGCAGGAUAAAGCAAGCAGAUCCGGACAUGUGGAAGGAAGCAAUGCGGAAGCCGAAGGGUCAAGAGGCCAAGACCAAGAAGAAUGUCGAGACGGAUAUGGUUGGUGAUCAAGUGGGGAGGAUACAUUUGGGCAAGCAGGAUCUGGGGAAGUUGCAGACGAGGAAGAUGAAGGGGUUAAAGAGGGUGAGGGAGGCGGAGGAUGUCAUCGAUGGCGCGGAGGAGGAUGAGGUGGUGUUUGAGCCGGAGAAGAGGGCGAGGGUUGAGGCGUGAUGGCAGACUUCUGGGUUGAGGACCUAUGGGUGGUAUUCACAUCGAGCGUUCUUAGCGAGGCGUUGGCGACUAUGCAUUGAAGUCUAGCGGAGGCACCUGCGUUCUAUGUCUUCGUGCAUUCGGGCCCGUAACAGCCGAUUUCGCCUUGGUUUACGACUCUUCUGUAUGGUACGAGUUACCGUCUGGUCUCGACUCGCUCCUUCUUUCUCAUAUUAAGUUAAUCACUGGUGCGGCACGGCGAUUGCCGUAAAUGCCGCCCGACUAA